AUGACGAACCCAAAAGUGAAGGUUGGUGAUAAAAUUCCUGAUGAUGUAUACUUUGGUGUACUUAACGAUGGCGAAGAAAAACCUCGCAAGGUUAGCGCACAGGAAAUUUUUAAAGGAAAGAAGGUGGUUCUAUUUGGGAUUCCCGGCGCUUUUACCUCCGUGUGCAGUUCAAAGCAUUUACCUCAAUAUGUUGAACGCACAGACAAAUUGAAAACCAAAGGUGUUGAUGUGAUUGCGUGUGUUGCUGUCAACGAUCCCUACGUCAUGCGAGAAUGGGCACACACUCAUGGCGUUGGUGAUAAAAUCCUGAUGCUAAGCGACGGCGAAAUAGUAUUUCAUUCUGCGCUUGGACUCACCCAACAUCUUCCAUUCGCUGGAGAACGCGGAAUGAGAUUUUCGAUUUUUGUCGAUGACGGAGUUGUUAAAGUGCUUAAUAUUGAGGAACCGGGUGCGAUGAGUUAUAAAGUUUCUGGGCCGGAUCAUAUGAUAGAAGAUCUCGAGAAAUUGGAAUAA